AUGGAGAUUCAAACUCCCAACUCCGCCCGAGCUCCGCAGCGAGGCACGCAGCGGAAGUCUCUUCUUGCGUCACGCACAAGACUAACGCCACCGCUGCUACUUGCAACUGUGACUCUUCUGUUGUACCGUCCACUGCUUUCCGGAGUGGGUUCCUUGGCUGAUGAAACCGUAAAACUAUCAUGCGAGACGUCUGCGAAACGGACAAAGUGCACCUGCGUGAACGGGGGUGCAACCACAGAAACGAAGGCCGUAUCUCUUUCUCAGACUGAAAACGAAUUCGAGAUGUACUGCACGCAUAACCUUACAUGCGCACCACUCGGGCUAAAGGAUUCAGUGGUGUGCCUAGCAACCGUGGAAAGUCUUAACCAGUGCGAGAACGACACCGAGGACAAGAAAAACUGCAUGGAUGUCAAACAGCUACUGGAGGGGGCGCCCGAUUCGGUAAAGUGGACGAAUGGCAAUGCCAUUCCAUCCCAAGAUACGUCAAAAGUCUUAGGUGUGCCACAAGAAAACUUCCCUUAUGUCGACGGUAUCUUCUCGGUCGGGUGCAUAGAAAGCAACGACACGGAAAAAUGUCGGGUGAAUGUGGUUGUCAAAGCGAGAGCAACGACGACUCAGGAUCGAAAAGUGAUAUGUGCGUACGGCACGGACAGCAACCAGGAACAUCAGACAAUGACGCUCAGCCCGUCGGAGAACAGCUUCACGCUUGUGUGUGGUGAGAAAGGCGAGAUUGUGCAGAAGAACUACAAGGAAACCUACUGCCCCGUGACAGAAGGGAAAGAGGCUGUGACAGAAUGCGCUAAAGGCUACAAGCCAAUACUCCCUGCUUAUGAGCAUAACUGGUGGACUGGCGACGAGAAACAAUCCUUCACGCUGACAAUUCCGAAGGAUGCGUUUCCGGAGAACGACGCAAAAAUGACGGUCCAGUGCCAGAAGAGGGUAGAGGCCGGCGAAACGGCGAAAGCCGCGCCAGCCGCACCCAGUCCGACUGUCUGCAGCGUCGAUGUAACGAUUCAGGGAAUUGGAUCAAGCAGUGCGUUCUCUCCGCCUGUGCAUGUCGCAGGUCUGUUCGGGCUGGGAGUGUCUGGGGUUGUGGCAAUUUUGUCAUCGCUUGUUGAAUAG